GAGCUGGUUGGUACCUGCUCCUGCUCUUUCCCCCCUCCCCCAACAAUUACACAGUAGUCCCUCCCACGCCAUUUCUCUGUGGCUCUCUACUUAUUGCCUUUUUGCAUUGCUGUUUGUUGCUUUUAGUGGUGUCAAGGUCUACACAGUAUGUGCUAUUUUUUAAACAUUUCCUUCUACGCAAUCGAGAACAGAAACUCCACAUCUGUUUUCCUCCUGCCAUUUUCCCUCGUCAUCAAUUGCCUCCUUUUCCCUUUUGCCCUUUUGGUCAUUGACUUUUUUGGGGGUUUGAGGUCUCCUACACAGUCCUCUUCUGCCGUGUGCGCGUUUCCUUCUUCUGUCUGUAGUCACCUUCCCGCGCCAAGUCUCAUUUUAACUUGAGUCCUAACUACUGAUGUAAUCUAUAUGUACAGAGGAAGGAGG